GAACUUGCAGACAUCACAUGCAUAAUCUUCUUAGCCUUUACAACACAAAAGAGAAAAAACUUGUUCAGUUUUCAUCAAAAAGAGGUUUCAAGCCUUACAAGAACCAAGAAUGGCUAGUGAGCAGAUGAAACCUGUUGCAUCUUUGCUUUUGGUCCUUAAUUUCUGCAUGUAUGUUGUUGUUUUAGGUAUUGGUGGUUGGGCUAUGAACUUUGCCAUUGAUAAUGGUUUUGUCAUUGGUCCAGGAAUGAAUCUUCCAGCACAUUUCUCACCAAUUUACUUCCCAAUUGGAAAUGCUGCCACUGGAUUCUUUGUUGUAUUUGCUUUGAUAGCAGGUGUGGUUGGAGUUGCAUCUGUUCUCUCUGGACUUAACCACAUUCGCCAUUGGAACAUCGAUAGCUUACCAUCUGCUGCUUCUGCUGCUACAAUAGCCUGGAGUCUUACAGUCCUAGCCAUGGGCUUUGCUUGGAAAGAAAUUGAACUCAACUACAGGAAUUCCAAAUUGAAAACAAUGGAGGCAUUCAUGAUAAUUCUAUCAUUUACUCAACUGGUAUACAUAGCUGCCAUUCAUGGUGCUUCAUCAAGGAGAUAAAUGAGCUUCGAAGAUAAAUCGUAUCGUGUGAAGUUUAUUGAUUGAGACUGUUGUUUCCUUUUCUUUUUUUGUUUUACCAAUUGUGUCAUUGUAUUUAUUCAUUAUUGUGUAUACAAAGUUGGCCAGAUGGCUGUUUGUAUAUCAACUAUCUUCAGUAUUCAUAUUGUAAGAAACAAAUAAGUGAUGUACCCUUCAUUGGCUUUUUCCCAGAAGAAAAUUGGACAUUGUCAAGAAAAACAUCACAUAUGUA